AUGUGUGAAAGUCACGGUCAUUGUGAACAUGCACAUGUCGUGGAAGAUGCAGCCGAUAUGUAUAAUCUCUAUAAGUUUAUUGACAUAGAAAAUUUGGUAUGUCUUAAUGAGAGUGUUCCAGAUUCUGGGAAGAAAGUCUUUAAACCAUUUGAGGAAAGAAAGGAUUCAAGUACCUUUGUGGAAAGUGAUGCCGAUGAGGAGCUUUUAUUUAACAUACCUUUUACCGGUUCAGUAAAGUUGAAAGGCAUAAUUAUUGCCGGUGAGAACGGCGAUACUCAUCCAUCAUCGGUUGCCAUUUACAAGAAUAGGCCGUUUAUGACAUUCGGUGACACUGAAGCUGAGGCUGAUCAGUGCAUAGAAUUACAUCCUGAUCCUACUGGGGAAAUCACCUAUCCAUUGAAGGCGUUGAAAUUUGGAAGUGUGCAGCAUCUUGGUCUCCAUAUUAGGAAGAAUUUUGGCGGCGAAUGUACUCGAAUUCACUACAUUGGUCUAAGGGGCGAUUUCAUGCAGGCGAGGCGUCAGGAGAUUGUUAUAACAAAUUAUGAGAUCACACCCAAUGUCGCGGAUCACAAACUUGAUAUGAUGAAAACUUCAAGUCAUUUGAUUGAAUAA